CUUUUCUUCUCUUCCACCAUGUCUCGCAAAUCAAGGGCCGCAUAUACGAGGAUUCUGCCUGCAUCGCUCCCUCCUCUUGACCAAAUUCCUCUAGAUAUUGUGAUCUUUAUUCUCCAACAUUGUUCGCCAUUCGACCUGGCGCAGCUUUCGUUGGCAACCAAGUCAUUCAGAAGAAUAUUAACUGGGCAUCCGUCACUUUGGAAGCAUGCUCAGCUCCAAACUUCGCGCGGAACCUGUCCCUUGCUUCCCGAGUGUCCCCCAGAGUCGUUCACCCAUGAAGCCUAUGCAGCAUUCAUUUUUGGUGGUGGACACUGCAGUCAUUGCUCAAAGUUGACCAAUCACCUCCCGUUUUUGUCUUUAUUUAGGUUCCGCUCUUGCUCUCAACAGUGUAAAUCUGCGCUCAUGUCAGAAGAAAGGAUGUUCACCGAUUGGGGGGACAUCAAUCAAACUGCAUUCUGGAGCCCGUGGCUUCCUCAUUUUCACUCUCAGGUCUUGGGCAAGACGUACCGCGUAUAUGACCGCCAAGCUAUCGCCCUUGCUUGGAGAGAACUGCAAGAUGCGACCGCCUUUACUGCUGGUUUAGCACGCCCUUUUCCAAAUGAAUUUCCUGCUAGGUCAACAGACGAAUUGGGAUUGAUCCACGCCAAACGUGAACAAGCUCUUGCAUCAUUAACGCUGAAUGCGCAACUUGUCACCGAAUGGGCCGAACAUUAUCUUGUAGAAAAGCGUCGAAUGCGAGAAACUAACCUGGCCUUUAUCAAGCUUGUUGCUAACUGCGACAAUGUAUCUGUUCGUCAAGUGCUCGAAUGUUCCGGAUUCCAACGCAUUUUUGCGGCAUUCAAUCGUGACUUGGAAAAGUUGACCUUCACAGUUUGGAUGGAACAUCGUUAUGCAGUUUUAACCGAGAUAAACGGCAUUCGGUUCGGCCGUCAGAAGGCUCUUGUGGACCAGGUCGAAUGUCCGCAUUGUCAACAGUCAUUUGGUGUCGAGGCGCUUUCAGUUCAUACCGUUGCAAAGCACAGCGAUGUUGAUCCAGACCUUUUGCCGAUCCGACCUCCAUUCAUGAUGGGUAAAAAGCAUUGCCGAGAUUGUCCCAAGUCGGAUCGUGUCUAUACCGGACAAGGCUUACGUGCUCACCAACGGGCAAAGCAUCCAUAA